AUGUCGGACAAUCCAAUGGGCCAAUCGGUGCGAGAAACCCCUCAUAUUCGACUCAAUUCGGGCCAGCAUGAUCCAUUCAGUGAUCCAGACGAGACCUACCCUCCGGUCCCUAGCCAUGCGGGCAUUGGACGCGCGUUGACACCGGGCAUGUCGAAUUCAACGUCCACAGGGACAUUCAUGACCAUGCAGACUGGGAUGGGCUCACCGACCCCACAGGAUUCAACGGAUUUCUUGUUGCCGCCGCGGCCACAGAGGCACCGGGAACAGUAUGAAGGGUUUCAAUCUCCGGAUUUGUCUGCGCAAUCGUCGAGACGGACAAGUUGGAGCUCGGAAGGUGGGAGUGAGAGCAGAGGCUACUUCUAUCCCCGUUAUGAGGACCUGAGAUCUCCCUCACACGGAGAGGGUGAUGGGGAAGAUGUGAAUACACAAACGGUUACAGAAAAGUUCAAUAUCAUGCCGUCAGAAGGUCUGCUUUUAUUCCCAGAGGAUGUGGAGAAGGACGAUUAUUUGCACAACCCGGAUCCGAACGACAAAGAACGGGACUGUGACAUCUGGAACCGACGAGGAAUAAUCAACGGUGGAGGUUUAGUCGUGUUGACGCUGGGUCUCCUGAUGCUGUUCAUUGGGUAUCCUGUUUUUACGGCCGUUAAAGGGAUGCAGAACCAAGAAGGCUCCGUCUGUAAAACGGGGGACACGUUAUGUCUUGAUGUGGGAGAGAGGUCAUUACUGAAAAAUGUGCGGAGCGGGUUGAUAGACCCGGACACUCCGGCCUCCGCCAUGACGAAGAUGUCGGCUGAUGGCAAGGAAUGGAAGCUGGUGUUUUCGGAUGAGUUCAACACACCGGGACGGACGUUUUAUGACGGUGACGAUGCUUUUCUUCAGGCGGUGGAUAUCUGGUACGGUGUGACGCAGGAUCUCGAGUGGUACGAUCCUGAUGCAGUUACUACGAAAGACGGUGUAUUGGAGCUUCGGUUCGAUGCAUUCCCGAAUCAUGAAUUGAAGUAUAGAUCCGGUAUGGUUCAGAGCUGGAAUAAACUAUGCUUCACUGGCGGUCGUUUGGAAGCAAGCAUAUCCCUUCCAGGAAAUGGUGAAGUGUCUGGCUUCUGGCCUGGUUUUUGGGCAAUGGGCAAUCUAGGCCGCCCGGGUUAUGCCGCCACCACGGAAGGAAUGUGGCCGUACAGUUACUAUGAUGGUUGCGAUGCUGGAAUCACGCCGAACCAAAGUUCUACAGAUGGUCUGAGUUGGUUACCUGGAAUGCGUCUACCUGCAUGCGCCUGUGACAAUGCAGAACACCCUUCCCCUGGCAAGUCAAGGAGCGCGCCGGAAAUCGAUGUCAUCGAAGCUAGCGUUGCUGCUUUGAACGGUGACGCGGCGAAGAUGGUAGGGUCGGUUUCUCAAAGUUUGCAGAUGGCCCCAUUCGAUGUUUGGUAUAUGCCUGAUUACGAAUACGCAGCUGUGUACGAUCCCAAGAUCACAGAGAUUAACACCUACCGUGGUGGACCCUAUCAACAGGCCAUGUCUGGACUCAGCAACCUCAAUAACGACUGGUACAACGGAUCGCAGUACCAGGUAUACGCCUUCGACUACACGCCAGGAGCUCGUGGCAAUAUCACCUGGUAUGUCGGUCAGGAUAAGACAUGGACUCUCGACGGUAGAGCCCUCGGGCCCAACGGCAACAUCGGCCAGCGGACGAUUCCCCUGGAACCGCUGUCUAUUAUCAUGAACCUGGGUAUGGCCUACAGUUUCGCUCCAGUAGAUGACAACAUCAAGAAAUUUAUGCCUGGGUACAUGCGUUUCGAUUACCUUCGAAUCUACCAGGAUCCAGACAACAUUAGCCUUACCUGUGACCCACCGGGCUAUGAAACAACGGAGUAUAUCGCGAAACACCCCAAGGCGUACCAAAACGUCAACAAAACUACAUGGUCUGAUGCUGGAUAUGAGUGGCCCAAAAACUCAUUCAUGCAUGAAUGUUGA